AUGACACUCCAUCCGUCGACAGUGGUUCUAGAUGGCUUCAGACUGACCGAAGCUCGAAAGCGCCUCCGUCAAGGCACUGACUCGGCUCUGCAGACGGCCCUGGAAGCCCUCACGAAGCAGGCCGACCAGUGGCUCACGCAAGGCCCGUGGUCAGUCACCAUGAAAACGGUUCUUCCCCCGAGCGGCGAUAAGCACGACUACACCAGUCUGGCCCGCUACUGGUGGCCGAACCCAGACUCACCAGAUGGUAAACCAUACAUCAAUCGCGAUGGGAAAAAGAAUCCCGAAGUCCUCAACUAUACGGACCGCGUCUACUGGGAGAAGCUCAUUCCGUAUGCCAAUACGGGUCGCUGCAUCGGGAUUAUCGACCUCGCACAAGCUUAUACGAGCCUUCUCGACGCCGCUGCCAUCCUGGCCUACGGUACCACCGAGGCUCAGGGACCGGGAAUCACCCCAUCGCGAGCACCUGGCUGGACCGAUGUCGAUGUGGAGGUAUUUCGCCGGUGGAACGUUGACUUCCUCGAGUGGCUAACGGAUAGUCCGUUUGGCCGUGAGGAGCGUGCCCAAUCCAACAAUCACGGUAGCUUUGCGGCCAUGCAGAUUGCAGCCAUCGCACUCUUCCUUGGUGAUACGGACCGCGCCCGUAACGAGGUCCUCGCCGUGCGUGCCCACCUCAGGGAUACCAUUGCUCCAGAUGGCUCCCAGCCCGAGGAACUCCGUCGCACUCGCAGCUGGCACUACUCAACCUUCAACCUCCUCGCUCUGACGCGUCUUGCCUGUGUAGGACAAAAGCUCGGAGUUGACUUGUGGAAGUUUGCAGGCCCCGGAGGAGAGGGGAAUAUUUCACGUGCGGUGGAUUUCAUCAUACCAGUAGCCACGGGCAGUGGAUCGUGGCCGUACCCUGAAUUGGGGUUCAAGGCGUACGCUGCGGCAGAUAUCAUCCGGACCGCAGCAACUGCGGGCCAUCAAAGGGCCAAGGAGGCUCUAGGCCUGCUGCAGAUGCCCCCAGCAGGUGACCUGUGGCCAUUGAGACCAGCACCGGAACAGCUGGAUGGGGUUGUCGUGGAUGAGUACUCUAAGUGA